AUUCGCGAUCAAGACGAAAGCGCCUGGCCGGGGGGGUACUGUCAGAAAGGAGGGAAGCGGCAAUCGCCCAUAGACAUCCGGACAACUGACGUCAUCAAAGACUUCGACAGAGAUUUCAUUAAGUACGGAGUUCUCAAAUUCAUCGGCUACAACGGUGCACUUCUAUCCGGCAUCAAUAAUGGACACACCAUUCAAUUUAGCACCGAGGGUCAGAAAAGCAUGCAUCCUACCAUCACGGGGGGUCCUUUGAAGUAUCUGUAUCGCUUGGAACAACUUCACUUCCACUGGCUAUCAGAACACUCUAUUAACGGCGUUAAGUUCCCUAUGGAGAUACAUUUCGUACACGUCCGAGCGGACCUAAAAGUGUCGGAAGCUCUCAGCAAACGGGACGGCCUGGCAAUUGUAUCUGUCUUUUGCAACGUUCAAGCUGAUUUGACUGACAACCAAUUGGAGCUUACUGAAGAUCUGAUGGAGCACAUUCCUCAAUUACUGAGGAUCGGCGACAGGGUUAGUGGAGUACUACUGGACUUGAGGAAGCUGCUGAGCCCUAACACUGACUCCUACUUCACAUAUCUCGGCUCGCUCACGUCGCCGGAGUGUAACGAAGUAGUGGUGUGGAUUAUAUUCGACAAACCUAUCGUCAUGUCAGACGCACAGUACCGUCUAUUCGGUAAGGUCGGCGUGGGUAGACACAACUUUCGCAGCCAGCAGCGUAUCGGUCACCACCUGAUCUUCACUCCUCCGGACUCCUUCAUCACCACACCCAAGGCCAUUAUCGUCGUGACUGACGUCAUGAAGUACCUGGCCGCCUUUUUGAGGAACAUCACCAGAUUCGUGACAAAGGGGUUCAGGUCAUGAUGACAAUGGAGGUGCUAUUUUUAACUAUAGUUGUAAUGGUUACAGUCAGGGGAGAAAUAUGAUUAAGAAAAGAAAUACUCCCGUAAGGAGGAUAACACACGUUUUACAGAUAGUAAUAAAAAACAUUGUUGUCAUUA